ACGGCGCCACGGGUUGUUUAUUACCUGUCCACGCCAGGUGUGCUAUUUCUGGCAACAUCGAUGGCCGCCGUGGAAUUCAAAAAAUCAAAUACGGAAGAGCGUUUAUUUGUGAUUAACCUUUUCUGAUCUCUGAUCUAUUUGACCAGUAACGGACGUCUGGUCGAUAUCCACGUGCUUGUGGACAGGUGAGGAGAGGACCGUGACGGACACAUAUCGCACGGGUGAAGCGUGUGUGGUAUGACAGUUUACUUGGGGACAAUACCCUUUAUGAAUGCGUCAUAUGUGUAGUAUGGCUCUCCUAGCCUGAUUACUCAUAAACCCGGGUGUACACGGAAGUAAUCAGUGUCGGGGACAGACAACAUCCCUCGUGGAUCUGUUUUCAGUACGGAUACUAUAUACGGGUGAGAAAAGACACGUAAAAAAGGUUAAAACUCGAGUGUGUGUUGGGAUUAAUACACCUGUCGGGUAUUCAUCAAGCUGAGGGACCUAUCGGCGUGGACGUCCACAUAGAAUGCGAAAUGGCCUUAAAGGGGCUAUCGCACAUGGAUACAGAUAUGUUCUUAUAGCGAUAUGCCUUAUAGUAAUACAACAGCCGACUGUCUCGUCGGAAGAAAUAGUGAACUACGAAAAAAACGACUGUGAUCGGUUGUAUAUAGUGAACGAUAUCGACGUGUACCGGCUCGAGUCGUACCCACGUCAGGGCAUCAAUACCGGCAGAGAUAAGUGUUUCAACAAGUUCAGCGCACCAAACAAGAAACUCAAGAUCCAUGUCUACGAGGUUUCCAUCGGUAGCUGUGGUAUCUUUGUCAACAUCUACGAUGGGGACGAGAAGAUGUUUAACGACCCUAGGUGGAGCCUAGGUUGUCGUAGUCCUGGGAAGACCGUGUACGAAUCCUUCUCCAGUGAGGUGAUAGUCAGACUAGACAAGCCAGUGGCCGACUCCAGCAGCCUCUACCAAUUCCGGAUCUACAUCACCAACGAGAACGGACCGGAAGUUGACCUUUCAAAACCGACAAUGUCUGAUGGCGGAGGAGCGUCUAGCGGCGUCAUUGCCGGUAUCGGCAUUGGUGUCGGUCUGGUCGUCGUCGUCAUCAUCGUCGUCGUGGCGAUCGUCUGCUGGAGAAUGAUGGGGAAGAAGGAGAAGUAUGGCAACAAGUCCCCGGCUGUAUUCACCACUUCUGCUUCGAAUGAUCCACCUGUCAACGGUAUCUUAAAACGAACUGAAAGUAAAGGGCGUGGGAGCAAGCGUCGUAAUAACCGGCCUGCUUAUGGAGGCCAUGACAACAAAGCGUACAGAAACUCUGUAGACGGCGACGAUUAUAGUAGUGUCAAUGGCGCUCCCAGCACGGAGUCCACGCGUGGGGGUAUAGACUUACAAUACGAAGAGGAAAUUGCCAGAAAAGAACGUCGUUCAUACUCCAACCGACCGAGUCGCCGACGGAACGACGACUCAACGGAUGAAACUGGAGACAGUGUGUUCCACAACAAGGCAUACGAAGACGACGAAAAAGGUGAUAGAAGUUUGCGUGUGCGCCCCGACCGACGGCAUCGGGAUCGGGAUGAUAGUAGUGACUCUUACGUUAGUAGCUCACGUGGUGCAGUGAGCUACAUUACGGACACAACAAACCGUACUCGGACAGACUCAACCUCUCGGAGCACAGACGACCGAGGCAGCCAAUCAUCGACUACAGACGGUACGCACGAUCACCACUUCGUCAAGGGCGAUAACGCGCGAAGGAGUGGGCGAAGUCGUAGUCACAGUAAAUCGUCUUCACAAUCAGGUCAACGUCGGCGACCACGUGUUUCUAUGAGCGCAGGCGGCGACGCUAGUGACGUCAGUGGCUCGCACAGGUCAGAUCAUCGCCCUAGUAGUGGGGGGUCACAUCAUCGACGCAGGUCAAGGUCAAGGGAAAGGGAAAAGAAGCCGUCGCCAUAUAUUGGAGCUUUCGCUGACGCUAAGAAAAAGAAACGGAAGAAAUAAACAUCGGGUUUCUUUUCAUAAAAAAGUAUUUUUACAAUUUGUUACAAAGUUUUACCAUAUUAUCUAACAUGAUUUUACAAGACUACGCCGCAGCUAAAUGAUCCUCUUUUUAUUGUUGUGAUAAAAAGCUGACAUUUGAAGGAUUCUUUCUCAAGGAUGCCAUACAAUACAACGAACAGCAAAUCAAACCGUACUUGAACAGGUCGAUACGUCGACCCUGACAGAGGUGCUAUUUCCUCCCUUGUUGACGAGACUCGUUUUACUUAGGAUUUAGAAUACAACAAUGUGGAUGUUGGGUAUACCAGGUAAAAUGUUUGAUCAGAGACGUUUGUUCAAUAAAACGGACACAUCACUUGUGUAUUUUUCUAUGUGAAUCAGCCGGAGGACAACUUUGUGUGGCCCUUCUCCUCCCCUUGUGAGAACUAAACACGAACGUACGUCCCACCCCUCACGUGACGUACUCGUGUAGUGGAAGAAUGGGACUUGUAUCCAUGACAAAUUCGUCGUUUUACGAACCACUGGGUGUGAAAUAUAAAGACUAUGACGUUACAAUCUAAAGCACGCAGAUUUACUUUAACUACAAAGAUGUUUGGAGACGAGUAAGUGUGAUACGCGAAACGUACAUGUUGUAUCGUUUUUGGGAAUCUACUGUUGCACGUGACGGUAACGCCACCUAUUGUUUGUCACUUGACGGCCUUGACAUUGUUGUGAUAGUGAUUUGACAGCACACUGUGAACGUUUAUAAAAACGACAAUAUGGUACUAGGUAAAACAUAUGGCUUAUGGAACACUGAAUCGUGUCAUAAGGAAGAACAGUGACUAAUGAGAUGGAAAGCAUUGGUGUCGUGCGCAGUUUGAAAUGGUGUCGUGCGCAGCACUGUUUGGAUUUAAUUGAAUAUGUGAAAAAGACACUAUAACUCCAGUUGGGCGAUUAAUUUGUGUAUGCUUUUAACUAAUAUAUAUAUAUAUAUCCGAGUACGCAAUUGUGAAUCUGUAAGGACAUUUAUACUUCCGGUAUUAGUUUUGGUCUGUUAAGAGCCAUUCCAGAGUGUAAGUAUGAUAGUAAUCUGGUAAAGACGUCACGUGGUCUGCUAACUAGAUCACAUGAGAGUAAACUUGUAGACCUUUAGGUAUAUUGUGAAGGUUAAUAAAUGUCCAUUAUUCUACCAUUAUCUGACAUUGCAGAUUGAAAUCUGAAUGCCACGCGCCAUUUUGAUAAGAACAUUAAUAUAACGUAUUAAUAAUCAAACGUCAGACACGAUUUAUAUUUUAAAUUGUGUAUCCUAAUAUUUGUUCAGGGAAAUCUGCACUAAAGAAACAUUUCCUGUAUAUUACAACUAAGGGAUGUCACUGUACGCUCGGAGAUAAAUAUACGGUAUAUUGCAAUACACAACGAACGCAUUUCGAUACGAAUCCCAAUAUAUUGUCAUAGAAAAUGUGUUCUGAAUUAUAAAUAAGAUGAACCACACAGAUUUCCGUUAAACCAACCAUUGAUGAUGAAAUGUUAGCUGGUUCCCUACACUUGUAACGGCCUGUUCAUGUUUACUGGUUUUACCUGUUAGAAUAUGAAGUAAAUUGCUCAGCUCAACACCUAGCAGAUAUAUAAACAUAAGCUUUUGGAAAAUAUUGCGAUACAGCGAUAUUUCAUUUCUGUUUUGCGAUACGAUCCGAUAUGUUUGUGUAUUGCAAUAAAUCGGUUUUGUUUUCAAUUUAAAUCGUGACAGCCCUGAUAGAAUUUAAUCGGAACAAGUGUUAAAUGAACCUACACCGAACGUUAACAGAUGUUAAACCGUAGACUUUUAACACGGAAAUGUGUGACGGUGGACAGGACUGACAGAUCCUUGUUUCUAUUUAUACAGACUUAAAGAUAAGUGCUCGGCCAUGAUAUAGUUAUACAUAUAUAAAUUAUAUUUAAUAUACUGCUGUGGUGUUAUCUAUGUCAUAUAUGUAUAUAAUAUAGAACUGUUGUCAUAUAUGUGUGUGUAUAUAUACAAAUGUUCUCAUACAUAGUAUCAUUUAUGUAGAAUAACCUGAUAUUUCAGCAAGUUCGAUUUAUAAAACACUUAUUUUUGUAUAUUUUACUAAAACCUUCAAGGGCGGUAACUCCAAUUGUUAUUGUGUUAUUGAAGUUUACGGGCAAACAUAAACUGAUGUUAAGUAAUACCUAGGACUGAUGAUUUAUAAAUGGCCAGAUAUUACCUCUAAUAAGCUGUGUAGGACAUUUCCUGGGGACAUGAUGGGAUUAGGAUUCUACCUAUGAUUUCUCAGGAAAAUUUCUGUCCUGUUAUUAAUUGUUUCGUCUGAAAUUAAUAAUACUUUAUAAUUCGACGUUCUUAUACCGGUUUAUCACAACCAACUUCUUAGGUCGUCUCAAAGCGGUUCACAAAUUAUUGUUAAAAAAUGUAGUUUAAUCACGGGUAUUUAAUUGCUUUCCUUCAAAUAUAAAGUUGAAUUCAUAUGCCAAUUAGAGGGAUAUCCCGAUUUGACGUUUUCACUAACUAUAACAUCAAUUUGUGGGAAAGAUACAUUUUAUUAUCAACCUGUCCUUAUAUAGAUGAAUAACCACGUAGACUGAAUUUAAGUGGAGAAAACUUGGUUUUCCGUUUGAGUCUGGCCAAGUUAUAAAUAAAUACCAAUCAGUAACCAGAUUUAAAGUAAAAUAUAUCGGUGUCAUCUCAAUGUUAAAGAAGUUACAAAAACACAAACAAGUAACAAUCUAGUAAAGACGUGACUGAUUGGCUUGCUUGUGUGUUACUGUUCCAAUAGUUACAGUUAUCUGGUAAACGGGCAUUACACAUAAUAGCACUCAACACGCUUUAUGAUCUAUGUGAAAGCACAUGUUACGGAAUCAAACUAAAACCUCGUUAAUAUUUUUGGAUUAAAACGAUAUUUUAAACAAAGUCCUCUUACAAUGCACUGCCGAUUUGAAACGAUAAGACAACUUUUGUUUUAUUUUGCGAAAAUGGUUUUGGACAAAAAAUUGGUUUUCAAUCAUAAAUCAUUUAAUCGCAUGUAUGCCGAAAACACCCUACUUGGAGCAUUACUGCAGCUGCUAAAAGUUGAAACCAUACUUAAGAGUGUUCUUGCAGCUGCUGACACAUAGAAGGUGCGGAUAUUCUCUCUCAGAACAUGUUGUGUAAAUACAGAUCAUUUAUCAUAAACUAUUUGGAUAUACUAGAUAAGAGUGUAAAUGGAAGAAAACGAUCAAUUUUAAUUUCUAUUCCCUGUGAUGUUCAAUGCAUGUUUUAUGUAUACAACGGGAUGCAUGUAUGAAAGUGUCAUUAGUUAUUUUUUUACUUUUUUUAUUUGUAACUUUCAAAGUGCUCCGGAAAUUAAUGAAUAAUACAAUGGAGAUGAAUAACCAAGUCACACAAUAUUGAUUUUUUGAAACCGGAAAUGACGUAUAAGUAUAUGAAAUGCGGAAGUGACUUACUAGUAUACUCGGUAAUGAUUUGGAUGCGAGUAAGAGUGUGUAGCUGUGCUAGUGUUACUAUGCCUGUACACUUGUUUUGGAUAAUAAACACAUGCCAUACGACUAAAUAAUCAA